CUUCACAUCUGAGGCAAACCAAAACCCUAACUUUUCUUCUUUUCUUCGUCUUUACUGUUCAGAAAAUCUUGCUUUCUUCCUCAAUCUUUGUUUUCUCAUUUUAUAAAUCUGUGAAAAUCUUGCGAUCCGUGAAGAUCAAAUUGGCCGUGAUCUGCGGAGGAAAAUAUACCGAAAGAAUUAAAUUAUAUCAUUGAAAACGUUUUGGUUAUUCAAUCUGUACGUUUUAGGUUCUCUCUGCACAUGCGACUUCAUCAGAAUAAGUGUAUAUUGCUUUCUUGUGUAUUCGUUUGUCUUCUAUAGCUGCUACUGGCGGUUCGUAACUGCUGACAAUGAGGACCAGUGAACGUGUCGCGAAUUUGGCCCUAGCAGGUUUAUCCUUGGCACCACUCGUUGUGAAGGUAGACCCAAAUUUAAAUGUUAUUUUGACGGCAUGUCUGACUGUCUAUGUGGGCUGCUACCGAUCAGUCAAGCCAACACCUCCUUCGGAGACAAUGUCUAAUGAACAUGCUAUGCGUUUCCCCUUGAUCGGCAGUGCAAUGCUUUUGUCACUGUUCUUGCUAUUCAAGUUUCUAUCUAAAGACUUGGUUAAUGCUGUACUGACAUGCUACUUCUUUGUACUUGGGAUCGUUGCACUUUCCGCAACAUUGUUACCUGCACUUAAGCGGUUUCUGCCAAGACAUUGGAAUGACAACCUCAUUGUGUGGCAUCUUCCAUAUUUCCGUUCUGUGGAGGUUGAGUUCACGAGGUCUCAGAUUGUUGCUUCAAUUCCAGGAACUUUUUUCUGUGCAUGGUAUGCAAAACAGAAGCAUUGGCUGGCCAACAACACACUGGGUCUAGCAUUCUGCAUUCAGGGAAUUGAAAUGCUUUCUCUUGGAUCAUUCAAAACUGGUGCCAUUCUCUUGGCUGGACUUUUUGUUUAUGAUAUAUUCUGGGUCUUCUUUACUCCAGUGAUGGUUAGUGUUGCAAAAUCUUUUGAUGCUCCUAUAAAGCUUUUAUUCCCAACAGCAGAUUCUGCACGGCCAUUUUCCAUGCUUGGACUUGGUGACAUUGUAAUUCCUGGAAUUUUUGUUGCAUUGGCAUUGAGGUUUGAUGUGUCAAGAGGGAAAGAGAAUCGCUAUUUCAGGAGUGCAUUUUUUGGAUAUGCAGUUGGUCUGGUCCUAACAAUUUUCGUGAUGAACUGGUUUCAAGCGGCACAGCCUGCACUUCUGUAUAUUGUGCCAUCUGUUAUUGGAUCUGUCGCUGUCCACUGCUUAUGGAAUGGAGAAGUCAAACCGCUAUUGGAGUUUGAUGAGUCUAAGACAGCUGCGUCAACUAAAGGAGGAGAGUUGAGAAAUGAUGAUGAUGAUGAUGCCAAAUCAAGCAAAAAAGAGGAAUAGGGGAUGCAGAGUUCUUUUUCUAAUGGGAUAAAGGAACGCGACGGUUUACAAUGAGGCCUAGCCUUGUAGCUCAACCACAAACUAACUUAUGGAACCUGGUUAGAAUGCCAUUGUAAGAGAUUUUGGUUUUUAAUUAAUUAAGAUAUAUAGUUAUUAAAUAGUAAGCCUCCGACGUGAAUACUUCGGGGUCCUUCCUUUGGUACUGCAA